AUGGAGACCGCUGUCGCUCCAUCUCGCGAUAAGUAAGCGUUAACGUUUGUCUCGCUUUCUAUUUUAAAUUAAUUUAGCCAUCAAUUAUAAAUAACCUAUAACGGCCUUUAUAAAUGUAAUUAAAUCGCGCUUACAGCUCGCUCAACAGGACUAUGGUGAUCUCCAAAAAGACCCCUCGUCCCGCUCUCCCCGAAUUAAAAGCCGGUGAUGUGCCUGCGGAGCCGAAUGACUCCCAAAAGUGAGGAAAUCCCCUCUUUUGGAUAAAUUUUUUAUUAAACUUUUAGUCUGCCCAAACGAGCCCGCACUUCCACGGUCACGUUGCAUUCUGAGGACAUGGACGAGGUGAGGAGGGGUUUAGAAAUGCAUGGAUACUCUAAAAGUGGUCAUAUGGCGGGCACCAUCUAUUUUGCACAGUGCAUUCCAUUUACAGCCGAUUUUUUGGCCGUGCUGGACGUGAAAGACAAGGAGAUUUAAAAAUUUAUUAAUUUUGGAGCAGGCAAACCUAGUUGUAGAAUUUUUUAAAGAGAUAGUAUUUCAGAGUCCAGAUAAUCGCCUUCUAAUUAUACAAAAGUGCACUGUGCGUGUUUGAAGCCAAAAAAAACGUUCUAUAUGUACUAAAUCUUAACAUUUAAUAAAGGAUAACUGUUACAGCAGAGUGCCAUGGACCGAAUUCGGCGAGAAAUGGAAGAAUCGCUAGAGCAGAAAGAGAACUUCAAGCAGAGAGUCAUGGAGAAUCCGAUGGAGGAGAUGAUUAAACUCAAGUUUCAAUUGGAAAUGGCUAGAACCGCGGCCUCCUAUGCCGAUCAAUUCUUUGCUGUCUGUGAGAAGAAUGAAAUUGGUAAGUGAAUGUCAUCGGAAAUUGAGCAUUUUCGUAUUUUAAGACAUCACAAAGGUCCUCCAAAAUGAUCCGGAUGUGUUGUUUGAAAUGAAACUAAAGGGAUCCCUGCUAACUCCGACCUCUUCCGAAGAACAUACAAAAGAGUUGAAGACCCUGAGGGCAGAACGAGACCAUCUGGCAGACGAGGCGAAAGCGCUGAAAGCCAGCUAUUCAAGUUUAUUCAAAUCAUACGAAAAACUGAGAAAUAAUUAUGAUAUCCUGAGGGUCUCCAGGAAUGAAUUGGUGGAACAAGUGGAACAACAGAAGGCAGCGAUGGCACAGAUGUAUAAAGCAUCCAUGGAUCUGAAGGAACUGAUGAUUGGGCAGGUCGCGGAGUAAGUUUUGAGUUUGAAAUAUUAUAUUCAAUAAAAAAAUCGUCAAAUUUUGAUAUCAAAAUUUUUUUUUCUUCGAUUUGAAUAAGAAAAUUCCAGAUCCUGCAUUUUUAAAAUUAAAAGUUCACUUUUCAGAGCUGAUCGAACCAUCGCCGAGACCAAGGGGAAAUACGAUAACGAUACCGUAACCAUACGAAUGGAUCUACUCAAAUUGGAAAACGAAAAUAAAAGUCUCAAGUCUGAGGUUGACGGGAAAGUAAGCUCUUGUUUACAUUACAACUACAAUCUCAUCUUUCCCUUUCCAGAACAACGAGAUCUCACAACUUCGCAAGAUCGUCCAAGAUAUCAUAAAACAAGUAAAUGUGGAAGUAAUCGAAUAA